AUGGUCAGAUUUCCACCUCCUAAUACCAAUGGUGGAUCUAAUAAUCGACCUCCAGUUCCUUCUUUAAAUAGAGGAACAAAUAAUAGUAAUAAUAAUACUACAACAUCAACAUCAACAACAUCUGAUGAACCAACCGAAAGAGAAAUUAUGAAGAACGCAUCCAAAGCUUGGCAAACAUACCAACGUCCUACCUUUCAAGGAAUUGGUGAAGAAGGAAAAUCCAAUAUUCAAGCCACAAUCACUGAAUUUAGAGCAUAUGAAUUUUUGUUAAGACAAGAGGAAGCAAAGAGGUGGAUUGAAGACAUGUUAGAUGAACAAAUCUUCUUCGAUGAUAUGGAUGAUGAGGAUGUUUCGGAAGACUUGAAACAAGGCUAUAAUUAUUCAACUUCAUCAUCAAACGCUGAAAAAGCAGAGGCUAGAAAUGUAGACUUUUUCGAUCAAUUACGUAAUGGUAUUGUAUUGUGUAGACUUUCAGAAGUAUUCACAGAGAAGAAUACCAUGAAAAAGUAUCACAAGAAUGUUAAUUUGGAAAGUAAAUUAGCUUUCAUGAUGUCAACAGAUAAUAUCAACAAUUUCCAAGAUUGUUGUGAGAAGAUUAACUUCCCUUCCAUUUAUCAAUUUUCUACACCAGAUUUAUGGGAAAGGAAGAAUAUUACCAAGGUGGUCCACUGCAUUCAUGCUUUGGCUCACUUUUUGUGGAAAUCAGGAAGAAUUGAUGCUUCUAAGAGAAUACAAGACUUGUCAAAAUCUGGAUUAAAGUUUUCAAAAUCUAAACUUGAUAGGGUAGAACAAGAAUUUAAAAAGUUGGAACAAAGAAACGUGGAUAUAAAGCUAAACUUUAAUUUUAAACAACCAGAGGAUGAAGAACAACAAGUAACACCAAAACAACAAAAACCUGUUAACAAGGCUUCAUCGCUAUUGGACAGAUUCAACAAAUUAAAAGUUGGUGCCAAAUUAGACAUCAAACCUAUAAAGCAAGACAAUAUAACAAUUGAAGGCGAUCUGGAAAUGAUAGACCCAGAACAAUGUAUAAUAAGAGGCAGAGGUUGUCAAACUGCUAUUGUAGGAAAGGUCAACACAUUUGAAAUAGUUGCCAAAGACCAAAAUGGUGAUGAUAUUACAACUGGUGGAGAGGUUUUCACUGUAACACUAACAAGAAUUAAGGAAAAUGACAAUGAUCCAGAAGAAACUAUCCAGGGAACAGUAACAGAUCUUGGAAAUGGAAUUUAUAAGGUUGAUUUUGUGCCAGAAAUUAUUGGUAAAUAUAAUAUUGAUAUCAAGUUGGAUGGUAAAUUGAAACUUACACAUCCUAGCAUUAAACCUGUUAGGGUUGUGCCUGGUGAAGCAUAUGGUAAGAAUUGUGAAGUGGUAGACGAGUACGAACAAAUGCAAGGUCCAUUCUUUGAAGGUCAAAGAAUCAAAUUCAAAAUCUAUGCUAGAGAUCAAUUUGGAAAUUAUUGUACUCGUGGUGGAGAUAAAUUCUAUCCAGAAUUUUCCUUCAUUUCUGAGGAAGGAGUUGUUAUUAACAAUUUAAAGAAUCAGGUCGUUAUUAAUGACUUCCAAAAUGGAGAAUAUGAAGUUGAGGUUCAUUUCCCACUCCCUGGAAAAUAUAAUCUCAAAAUGACAGUCAACCAAACUGAUGAUUUGAUACCAUAUCUUGAUCCAUUCACAUUUGAAGUUUUCAAACGACCUGAUCCUGGAUUGGCUAUCAAGUAUGAACAAUUUUUCCCAUAUAGUAGUGUUAUUCAAUAUGCACUCACUGCAUUUGAUCCUCACAAUGCCAAUAAUAUUGACUUCCAAAAUCCUCCAAAAAUUGACAGUAGAUGGGUAUCUGUUGUUAGCAAUACUCCAAUACCAGAAAUUACUGAUUUUGUAGCAUCUGAAAUUGAAGAUAACAUUAGAAUUAAAUUUAAUGAAUGGCUCAACAGGGGAAGAAGAGUAAUAUUGGAUCGUUUGAUUAAUGAUGAAUCAGAAAUUGAUGUUUCUGAAUUUGAAGAUGGAACAAAUAAUAAUAACUUUUAUUGGCAUCUCGUUGAAACCUAUUUAAGCAAUGAAGAAAAAUGUAAUGACUACAAGGAAAAGCUUAAUGAGAGAAUUAAAUUAAGCAAUGUAGAUUUUGUAAACUAUGUAACAAUAACAGAAGAUCCACAAGAUUGGACCCAAUAUGAACUCUAUCUCCAACAACAAAUUGAAGAAGAGGAAAGAAAGAGAAGACUUCAAGAAGAAGAGGAAGAGAGAAAGAGAAGAGAAUUAGAAAUGUUGGAAGAGGAAAGAAAGAAGAACAUUCCUCCUCCACUCAAUCCAAACCAAUUCUCAGUUAGACCAAGAAGAAUGGCCCUUAAUUUCUGGGUUAUUGUAUCAAAACUCUUGUACGAGGCCACACAAACAACAAAGCCAUUCCAACUUGACAAGUCACAAAAGAUUCUUGGUUAUGAGACAAAUGAGUUGAGUUUUAAUAGAUUUAUUGAUGAAGAUGUCUUUUUGAGUACUCAAAGAUAUCAUCUUCAAGCUUAUGGUGAUCUUUUACUAUCUGUUGCUCAACGUUACAUUUUGGAAUUAAUUCAAGAAGUUAAAAUUACAUUCCCAGAUAUCAAAUAUAGAGUAAUCGAAGCUGAAUGCAGUAAUAUUGGUAAGAAUGCCUUCAAUAGAUUUUCCCAAGCCCACAAGAUUUUCACCUACUUCUGUUCUGAGCUUUAUGUGAGUCCUUUCGAUGAAAUUGAUUUUAAUGAUAAGAAAAAGUUUGAACAUUUGAUUUUAUCCUUCAAGAGACAAAUUGUACGAUUGUUGCUUGAAUCUAAUAUGGAAAUGUCUAAUUUAUUGAAAACCAAGAUGAAAAUGUCUGAUAAGGAUGUUUCAAAUCUUCAAUCAAUGGCAUCAUUCUUCAAAUCAUCUAUGAAUGAUGUUUUUGAUGCUUUUAGAUUGGCAUUUGGCUUUACUAUGAGCUCCAAACCAAGAAAAAUCAUGGUACAAGAAUUGUACUUUGUCAAAAAUAGAGCAGUUGAUAUCUCUCUCGAUAAGAAUGAUAUUACAGUUAACAAACAAGAAGCCUCCCUUUCAUAUUCUGUUCAAAUUCCAAUUAACAAAUUGUUUGACUCUUAUUCGUUCACUAAUGAGGGCUUGAAGACAUCUCGCGACAGACACAGAGAAGGUCUAAUUAAUCCUUACAAGAGUGUCUACCUUAAGGGAGGAAGAGUUAUUUUAGAAAUGAUGAGAUCAGGUUCUUUCCCAGCCUACAAGUUACAAGAUAAGAAGCAAAGACAAGCUAUUGCCAUUGAAAAUGCCAAGACAAUGCUCAAGGCCAUGGCAGUAAAUCAUGUAAAGAGAUUUACCAGAGAAGAAUUAGAAGGACUCAAACAAAGACAAGAACCACUCAAGAUUCCAUUCACUACAAUCAGUCUCUUGACUCCUUCAUUUGUUCAAAACAGAGAAGACAGACAAGUUAUGGAACAUCAAGGUGCUAUUUAUCAUGUACUUCAAAAUAACUUGUUACCAUCUGUACUUGUAGAUUUAUACGAUAGACAACCACCUAUUGACAUGCCUAUUAUUUUCCAUGAACCUUGUCUUUUGAACUUUGGUGUCAAUGUUAUUAUCAAGACAUUCAAGUGUGGUGUUGGUAUUCAAAGAUCAGUUAAUUGUAGACAAUUUGGUAUUAGACAAUUUGAAAAGAAGGUUCAAAGAUUUAUGCUUGCUCUCGGUGAAUAUAAGAAUACUAUCAGAGGUGCAAUCAUGAAUUAUAUUACUGGUAUUUUCACAAACUCUAGAGAUGGUAACAUGUAUGUUCAAGCAUUGGUCAACAAGUUGACAAGAAUUAAUAAUGUCUAUGCUGUAAUGAGAGAAAAACAUGCAGCUGCUAUCAGAGAAUUGACUCCUUUAGAAUUUGAUUUGCAAAAGAAACAAAAAGAAUUGGAAAAGAGAAUUAACGAAAAAUGGUUGCCAAAGUUUGAUGACAUUACCUCUGUUGAAUUUACCUACUUGAAAGAUAUUAUGUUCUUGGUUAACGAUAUGGACUCUAUGAUUGAUAAGAUUCACAAUAUUGACCUUAAAUGGGAGAAUAGUUAUGACGAAUUGAUAGAAUUGGAGCAACAUUUUUUGAAGAGUUUGUAUACAAGCGUAUCCAAUGCAAGAGCUUCACAACCUCAACUUCCUCCUAUUCCUCACUGGCAAGAAUAUUACGAAUUUUGUAAUUUGGAAAGAGACAUGUAUGAACUGUUUGGUUCUCUCAAGAAUUUGUACCACUCCAAGCAACAUGAAAAAUUCAAUCAAGGUAUUAUGGAAUCUGAUGAAGUUAAAGUCGGAGAUCCAUAUGCUAUUCCAGUUAGAGUUGUUCUCUUGUCCUUUAUUAUUGGUGAACAAAUUCACUACAAUUGCAAGAGUGGUAAGGAUAGAACUGGAGCUCUCAUGGAUGAAUGUGAAGAGUUUGCUGAACUCAGAGAACAUUUGUCAUACUAUCCAAAACCUUUCACUAAGGAUGCCAAGCUUGGUGAAUACAGACAAAAGAUUAGAACCAACAUUAGUAUGAAUGGUGGUUGUUUGGAAAUUUGUAAACAAAAUAUUGGACUCAGAGGUGCCAAAUUGGACAAGACUUUGGCCAGUAAGUUCUGGACUAAAAAGUUGUAUGAUGAAAAGGAACGUGUUGUUGGUGAAAUUCCAUACUAUAGAUCCUUCAAGGGUGCUGGUUAUUUAGAUGAUGAAACUUAUGCAUCCAAAGAUGAAGAUUGGUAUGCUUAUGAAAACUCAUUCAUUAAGAACCUUCAAUAA